AUGGAAAAUUACACGCAGACCUCUACUGAUUUCAUCCUCCAGGGCCUGUUCCCCCCAUCAAGAGUUGGCCUUAUUCUCUUCACAUUCACCAUCACAGUCUUCCUGAUGGCCCUGGCUGGCAACCUGUGCAUGGUCCUGCUCAUCCUCCUGGACGCCCACCUCCACACACCCAUGUACCUCCUGCUCAGCCAGCUCUCCCUCUUGGAUCUCAUUUAUGUCUGCACCACUGUGCCCAAGAUGGCAUCUGGAUUUCUAUCUGGGAACAAGUCUAUCUCCUUCAUUGGGUGUUAUAUUCAGAGUUUUUUCUUCUCAAAUAUAGCAUGUUCGGAAGCACUGAUUCUGAUGUCGAUGGCCUAUGACCGUUACAUAGCUAUCUGCUUUCCUCUGCACUACUCUGUCCGCAUGAGCAAUAGGAUGUGUCUUCUGUUGAUUGCGGGAUCUCUGGCAGUGGGUUUUUUCAAUGGCUGUGCCCACACAUUGUAUGUCUUUCACCUUCCAUAUUGUGAGCACAGAGUUACCAAUCAUUUCUUCUGUAACGUCCCUGCCAUGUCAAAUAUAGCCUGCACUGAUACCAGGGUUUAUGAGUACAUUUUGACUUUAUGUGCCAGUCUAAUUCUCCUGAUUCCUUUCCUGGGUACCCUCUUGUCCUACGGUCUGGUCCUUCGUGCAGUCUACUAUAUGCGCUCUCGGGAGGGCCGGAAGAAGGCCUACUCCACCUGCAGCACCCACCUCACCGUGGUGACUUUCUACUAUGCCCCGUUUGCCUACACUUACGUCCGCCCAAAAUCCCUCCGAUCUCCAGGGGAGGACAAGGUCCUGGCUGUGUUCUACACCAUCAUCACCCCGAUGCUCAACCCUGUGAUCUAUAGCCUGAGGAACAAGAAGGUGACAGGGGCCCUGGGGCGAGAGAGUCAGAGGAUCUGCGCUGUGAAAAUGUAG